AUGAGCGACUUACUGGGAGGCGAUUUCACUUCGUCCAACGACGAGAUAGACUUUGACCGCGCCGCGUCGGCCUUCCCCGACAUUUCGCUCGACGGCUCGGGAGACAUUCCCAGUCUUUCUAGCCAACCACCAGCUCCAGCCCGCAACCCCAGCUCAGGAUUCUCAUUCGACACUUUCGACACCCCGCCUCCGCAAAACGAUGUGCGUAUUACGGGGGACGACGAAAUCGAGAAGUUCGAAAGCGAAUUCCCGGAGAUUAAUGUCCCAACGACCAUUCAGUCACCACCCCAGAUGCAACCCCAAGCCAGUUUCGGCACUAGCACACCAUUCGCCCCGCGCCCUCAACCCUCAACAUUCACGAACACUCCCAUCCUGAGCCAACCUCUGCCUGAAGACGAGCCGCAAGUUAUAAGGGACUGGCGAGAGAAGCAGGCGAGGGAAAUCGAGGCUCGCGACAAGGCUUCGAAGGAGAAACGCCAAGAAACCAUCUACAAAGCCGAACGUGCCAUCGACGAGUUUUAUGAGUCGUACGCAGCCAAGAAAGAGGAUGCUAUCAGGCAGAACAAAGAAGAGGAAGCUGAAUACGUAGCUAAAAUCACGGACAACCUCUCCCAUGGCACGACUUGGGAACGCAUUUGCGACUACGUCGAACUUCAGAACUCUCAGAGCAAGGCUAUUGCGCGAACUGGCGCAGGCACGACAGACCUGACCAGGUUCAAGGAAGUGUUGCUUCGGUUGAAGAGAGAUGGUGAUACCGCGCCCGGUGCUGCUGGUUACUAG